ACCCCGCACACGCACCGCCCGAGGAUGCCCUUUGCCCGGGGGGGCGAAGCCGGGACACCAUCGCACCGCCGGGAGUGAAGCCACCACCGCCACCGCCGCCGUCGUUGGGGCCUCCUGGCCCGCAGCGUGCGGCCGGAGCGGAGACGCCGGCGCUUUUCCUCCGCCUCAGGACGCGCACCGGGUGGAGAAGGAGGAGGAGGAGGGCGCCGUCUCCGCAGCAGCAGCCGCUGCCGCCGCCGCCGCAGCCAUGGGAAGGAUUUGACAGGGCUCGGAGCGCUUGUGCCGGUGUGUCGGGGCGCGCGUCCCGCCCGCCGCCCCUUGGCGCAGCGGAGGAGAAGGGGGCGACAAUGAAGACUUUAGUUUUUUUGAAUCACUGAAAAGCCUUAAAAGGAGACUCGUAAUAAUAAUCAUUAAAAAAGAAACUCCAAUGCAAACUGAAACAACCAUGUCUGGAGAAGUGCGUUUGAAGCAGUUGGAGCAGUUUAUUUUGGAUGGGCCAACACAGACUAAUGGGCAAUGCUUCAGUGUGGAAACCUUGCUGGAUAUACUCAUCUGCCUUUAUGAUGAAUGUAAUAAUUCCCCUCUGAGAAGAGAGAAGAACAUCCUUGAGUAUCUGGAGUGGGCCAAACCUUUUACAUCUAAAGUGAAACAGAUGCGACUACAUAAAGAAGAUUUUGAGAUUCUGAAGGUGAUUGGUCGAGGAGCCUUUGGGGAGGUUGCAGUAGUAAAACUGAAAAAUGCAGAUAAAGUUUUUGCCAUGAAGAUACUUAACAAGUGGGAGAUGCUGAAGAGAGCUGAAACAGCCUGUUUUCGAGAAGAGAGAGAUGUGUUAGUGAAUGGAGAUAACCAGUGGAUCACAACAUUACAUUAUGCAUUCCAGGAUGAAAACUAUUUAUACCUGGUUAUGGAUUACUAUGUUGGAGGAGACCUGCUUACAUUGCUCAGCAAGUUUGAGGACAGACUCCCUGAAGAUAUGGCUCGUUUUUAUUUGGCUGAAAUGGUGAUAGCCAUCGAUUCAGUUCAUCAGUUGCAUUAUGUUCACAGGGAUAUAAAACCAGACAACAUCUUGAUGGAUAUGAAUGGACAUAUUAGAUUAGCAGAUUUUGGUUCUUGUCUGAAACUGAUGGAAGAUGGAACGGUCCAAUCUUCAGUGGCAGUUGGAACACCAGACUACAUCUCUCCAGAAAUCUUGCAGGCCAUGGAAGAUGGAAAAGGGAAGUAUGGGCCCGAGUGUGACUGGUGGUCCCUGGGCGUUUGCAUGUAUGAAAUGCUUUAUGGAGAAACGCCCUUUUAUGCUGAGUCCUUGGUGGAGACCUAUGGGAAAAUAAUGAACCACAAAGAGAGGUUUCAGUUUCCUGCUCAAGUGACAGAUGUCUCUGAAAGUGCAAAGGACCUCAUCCGAAGGCUCAUUUGUAGCCGAGAGCAUCGACUUGGACAAAAUGGAAUAGAAGACUUUAAGAACCAUCCAUUUUUUGCUGGGAUUGAUUGGGACAAUAUUAGGAACUGUGAGGCACCUUACAUCCCAGAAGUCAGCAGCCCUACUGAUACAUCAAACUUUGAUGUGGAUGAUGAUUGCUUAAAAAACUCUGAAACAAUGCCUCCACCAUCCCACACUGCAUUUUCUGGCCAUCAUUUACCAUUUGUGGGUUUCACAUACACAAGUAGCUGUGUGCUUUCAGACCGCAGCUGUCUAAGACUGACAGCUGGACCACCCUCCAUGGAUCUUGAUGCCAGCAUUCAAAGAACUUUGGAGGAUAGUUUAGCAACAGAAGCUUAUGAGAGGAGAAUAAGACGUCUAGAACAGGAAAAGCUUGAACUCAGCAGAAAGCUGCAAGAGUCCACCCAGACAGUGCAGGCUCUGCAGUAUUCAACAGUGGAUGGCCCAAUAACAGCAAGCAAAGAUUUAGAAAUUAAAAGUUUGAAAGAAGAAAUUGAAAAGUUGAAGAAACAGGUGACAGAAUCUGGUCAGCUAGAACAGCAGCUUGAGGAGGCCAGCACUGCAAGGAGGGAAUUGGAUGAUGCCUCCAGACAAAUAAAGGCUUUUGAGAAGCAAGUCAGAACGCUGAAGCAAGAGAGAGAAGAUCUUAAUAAGGAACUGGCAGAGUCUAGUGACAGAUUAAAAUCCCAAGCCAAAGAGCUGAAAGAUGCACACAGCCAGCGGAAAUUGGCAAUGCAGGAAUUCUCAGAGAUGAACGAGCGGCUGACAGACUUGCACUCUCAAAAACAAAAGCUUGCCCGCCAGCUCCGAGAUAAGGAGGAAGAAAUGGAAGUGGUGAUGCAAAAAGUAGAAAGUUUAAGGCAAGAGUUACGCAGAACAGAGAGACUUAAAAAAGAACUGGAAGUCCAAGCUGAAGCUGCAGCUGCUGAGGCAUCCAAAGACAGGAAAUUGCGAGAGAGGAGUGAACAGUACUCUAAACAGUUGGAAAGUGAAGUAGAAGGGCUAAAGCAAAAACAGGUUGGUCGUUCACCUGGGGUAAGCAGUAUAGAACACCAGCAAGAGAUCACUAAAUUAAAGGCAGACCUGGAAAAGAAGAGUGUUUUCUAUGAAGAGGAACUAUCUAAACGUGAAAUGAUGCAUGCUAAUGAAAUAAAGAGUCUGAAGAAAGAACUGCGGGAUGCAGAGAGCCAGCAGCUUGCCCUCAAGAAGGAGAUCAUGGUUUUGAAAGACAAAUUAGAGAAAACCAGAAGAGAAAACCAAAGUGAAAGAGAGGAAUUUGAAACAGAGUUCAAACAAAAGUAUGAACGAGAAAAGAUUCUGCUGACAGAGGAAAACAAAAAACUUACCAAUGAACUUGAUAAGCUCACCACCAUGUUUGAGAGGCUGAGUAUGAAUAAUCGGCAGCUGGAGGAAGAGAUGAGAGACCUGGCUGAUAAGAAAGAGUCUGUGGCUCACUGGGAGGCCCAAAUCACUGAGAUCAUCCAGUGGGUAAGUGAUGAAAAAGAUGCUCGAGGUUAUCUUCAAGCCUUGGCCUCUAAAAUGACAGAAGAGCUGGAAGCCCUGAGGAACUCCAGUUUGGGUGCAAGAGCUACAGACAUGCCCUGGAAGAUGAGGCGCUUUGCAAAGCUGGAUAUGUCUGCAAGGCUGGAGCUCCAGUCUGCUCUUGAUGCUGAAAUCCGAGCCAAACAGGCUAUUCAGGAUGAGCUGAACAAAGUCAAAGCUUCCUGUAUCUCUACAGAGUGUAAAUUGCAAGAAUCUGAGAAGAAGAACAUGGAGCUUCUGGCAGACAUCGAAAGGCUGAAAAAGGAGACAGAAGAGCUUAGAUCAGAAAAGGGUGUAAAGCACCAAGACUCACAGAAUUCUUUCUUGGCAUUUUUGAAUGCGCCUACCUCUGCUCUGGAUCAAUUUGAAAUUGAUUCAGUUGAGAAUUUUACAUUGUCUAACACUCCAUCACGGGAUGAAGAUAGCAAGUCUCACCUCCAUUCAAGAUCAAGGUCUCCUUCUACAGCCAGUGAGAUUGAACCAAUUGAGGUUACAGAUCAUCCUCCCCGUUCAAUUCACACGCCCACCAUGAGGACAGCGUACGUUGGCUCGGGACUCUCUGCACCAAAGCCUAAAGCUCACCAGUUUGUAGUGAAAUCUUUUAACACACCAACAAAAUGCAAUCAGUGCACAUCCCUGAUGGUUGGUCUGAUACGACAGGGCUGUACUUGUGAAGUGUGUGGAUUCUCUUGCCACGUGACCUGUGCAGACAAGGCUCCUGCAGUAUGUCCAAUCCCUCCUGAGCAGACUAAGGGACCUUUGGGAAUAGAUCCACAGAAAGGCAUAGGAACAGCUUAUGAAGGACAUGUCCGGGUCCCAAAGCCAGCUGGAGUAAAGAAAGGCUGGCAGAGAGCACUGGCAGUGAUCUGUGAUUUUAAACUCUUCCUGUAUGAUGUAGCAGAAGGAAAAGCAUCUCAGCCCAGCGUGGUAGUGAGUCAGGUCAUAGACAUGAGGGAUGAAGAAUUCUCAGUGAGUUCUGUCUUGGCCUCAGAUGUCAUCCAUGCAAAUCGGAAAGAUAUCCCCUGUAUCUUUAGGGUUACAGCCUCCCAGCUCUCUGCAUCCAGUAACAAGUGUUCAAUCCUGAUUCUAGCAGAUGGUGAGAAUGAAAAAAGCAAGUGGGUGGGCGUGCUGAACGAGUUGCAUAGGAUCUUGAAGAAGAACAAACUCAAAGACCGCUCAGUCUAUGUCCCCAAAGAAGCUUAUGACAGCACCUUGCCCCUCAUCAAAACAACACAGUCAGCAGCAAUCAUAGACCAUGAAAGAAUAGCUCUGGGGAAUGAAGAAGGGUUGUUUGUUGUGCAUGUCACCAAAGAUGAGAUUAUCCGUGUUGGUGACAAUAAGAAGGUCCAUCAGAUCGAGCUCAUCCCGAGCGAGCAGCUCAUCGCCGUAAUCUCAGGACGGAACCGCCACGUGCGGCUCUUCCCCAUGGCCGCCCUGGAUGGAAGGGAGACUGACUUCUAUAAGCUGGCAGAGACCAAAGGCUGCCAGGCCAUCGUUUCUGGGCACGUGCGCCACGGGGCCCUCACCUGCCUGUGUGUAGCCAUGAAAAGGCAGGUGCUCUGUUACGAACUCAAUCAGAGCAAGACGCGCCACAAAAAGAUCAAGGAGAUCCAGGUGCAGGGGAACGUCCAGUGGAUGUCCAUCUUCAGCGACCGUCUCUGUGUGGGCUACCAGUCAGGUUUCCUAAAAUACCCCCUCCACGGGGAGGGCAGCCCGUACAGCCUGCUCCAUCCGGACGACCACACGCUCUCAUUUAUCUCACAGCAGCCAACUGAUGCCAUCUGUGCAGUCGAGAUCUCAACUAAAGAAUACCUGCUGUGUUUUAGCAGCGUCGGGGUUUACGUCGACUGCCAGGGCCGAAGAUCCAGGCAGCAAGAGUUGAUGUGGCCCGCAACUCCAUCUUCUUGCUGUUACAAUGCACCAUACCUCUCUGUGUACAGUGAAAAUGCAAUUGAUGUCUUUGACGUGAACUCCAUGGAGUGGAUUCAAACUAUUCCUCUCAAAAAGGUACGACCCUUGAAUACAGAAGGAUCACUAAACCUUUUAGGCCUGGAGACAGUCAGAUUAAUAUAUUUCAAAAACAAAAUGGCAGAGGGGGACGAGCUGGUGGUGCCUGAGACGUCAGACAACAGCCGGAAGCAGAUGGUGCGGAACAUCAACAACAAGCGGCGCUACUCCUUCCGCGUGCCCGAGGAGGAGAGGAUGCAGCAGAGGAGGGAGAUGCUACGUGAUCCAGAAAUGAGAAAUAAGUUAAUUUCUAACCCAACUAAUUUUAACCACAUAGCACAUAUGGGUCCAGGAGAUGGCAUACAGAUUCUCAAAGACCUUCCAAUGAACCUGCGGCCCCAGGAGAGCCGGACGGUGUUCAGCGGCUCCGUCAGCAUCCCGUCGAUCACCAAAUCCCGCACGGAGCCGGGACGCUCCAUGAGCGCCAGCAGCGGCUUAGCAGCACGAUCGUCGGCGCAGAACGGCAGCGCUUUGCGCAGGGAAUUCUCGGGAGGGAGCUACGGAGCGAAGCGCCAGCCCAUGGCAUCGCCCUCAGACGGGUCCCUGUCCUCAGGGGGGCUGGACCAGGGCAGCGAUGCUCCCACAAGAGACUACGAGCGAGAGGACUCUGACUCUCCAAGACACUCGACAGCAUCGAACAGCUCCAACCUCAGCAGCCCUCCCAGCCCGGUUUCUCCUCACAAGACCAAGAGCCUCUCCCUGGAGAGCUCUGACCACGUGAGUUGGGACUCAUGAACUGCUUCAGCAUUCAGAUUUGGCAUCACAUCAGCUUGCUGUCCCCAUGGCUGUCCCCUUCACUUGCUCCAGUUCUCACCUUCAUCCUCCUAACCCUCCCCAUUCCCUGUCGGAAAAGGAUCUGGGAGUGGGGUACAGAGGAAGGUAAAAGCUGGUCGCCUUCAGCACCGUUCAGCAUUGCCUCACCUCCCCAGAUCUGACAGCAGCAAAUGAGCAAAGCUAGGGUGUUGGUAAAUAUCAGAUGCUGUAGAUUUGUAUUAGUAUUGGUUUCAUUUUUGUGGUUACAGCUGCUUCAUUUUUAAAGACAUAUUUAUCCCACUCCCACUUCCCAAAAGGUAGCGUAAGUAGACCAGACCAGUGUCAACAAGAGAAAAUUCAGAGGGAUUUUGUUUUCAUACAAUAGCUCAUUGUACUGUACAAAAGUAGCACAGAGACCCCUUCCCCUCCAUGGGAAUGAUCAGUAUGUCAGAGGCACAUAAAAGCUUUCAACCACCACGUUUGAAUGUCAAUCUGAUUGUCGCCAGCAAAUCCUUAUUGAUUAAAAUGAUGCAUAUUUUACUACAGUACAGAGUUUAAAUAAAUACGCAGAUGUUAGAGUAAAAUACGUAUGUAUAUAUUCAAAGAAAAAAAGCAUUGUGUAUGCAGCAGAAGAUGGAUGCUUAUUUAAGAGAGCCUUUAAUUUAAGAUUUGUGUUGUCCCUGUUUUCAUGCUCGGUGAUUUACGGACUCGGAGGCCUGGCUAAAACCUCCGGCAGGACAGAGAUUCCGCGUGCUCGCGGCACUGCCGGGACAGCCCCCGCAGUGCUCUCACAGCACUUCUCUCCUUCUGGCCUUCAGUAGCAGAACUGAAGCUGUGAUUCCUGUUUUCCUCAUAGUCCCCAUCCUUUUCAGAAAUGACAACAGUUGGCAGCAAGGCCCUGUGCCAACAGCCACAGGCUGCCCUGGCUCCGUGCGUGCCACCUGUGAGCUGGAGCCUUGCAGCAGCUACAGGAGAGGUCCUUCAGGCAGCAAGGGAGUUCCGUGCAGCUGGAUUCAGCAGGAAAACUGUUUCCCUGGGUCAGCCUUUGAGCAGGUUUAACUCAGAAGGGAGCAGUCUUCCACACCUCCUUGACCAUCCCUAAGCAGCAAACUCUUACUGUCAUUACCAAAUACUGGUUGCUAAUACACAUCAGCCAAACGAGUGCCCUUAGCCCAAAGCUGGCCCUGGCUGGCUUUGCUGUCACUGUAGCAACAAAGAACCUUGAAGACUGACCUCACACUGUUCACACUGUGGUAGUCAGAGAUGCCUGGUGACCCACAACUGCUGCACUGGCAAGGUUGGUUUUCCUCUGCCCCCUACCUGUGCUCUGGGUUUGUGCAAUUUGCAGUUGUUUGUUUCUAUGUGCUCACCUGCUGUUUGGUUCCAAAAGCAGGGCAGGUUGGAGGGCAGGAAGUAUUGCAGUGGAAGGCAGAGCCUGCUGAAGCUGGAAAAAUAAAUAAAAAGCUGAAGUGGUCACCCAGUCGGCAGAAUAAAUGAAAAACUGAUAGCAGAUGUAUGGUAAGAGGAAUAUGUCUCUUCUCUUUAGUUAGCAAGGCAGAUUGUGCUUUUCAUUUGGGAUGAGCCUCUCUUCCCAGUAGUGUUGUUGCUGACUUCAUAGUAUGGCCAUACUCAAACACAUAAGGGCUUUUUGUAUUUAGAAUACUGGGGUUUGUGGGAAACUUGUUAUGGCUCUCAUUAAACCAUUCUGUGUUCUUGCAGUCAGCAGUUAUGUAGAGUUUCACUCACACAGAGGUGUUUGGAGUUUUGCAGUUUCUGUCUUCCCUAAUAGAAGUUGUAGGUAAGUUCAAACCAUGUACAGUAAUUUCCAGGUAUGAUCUAAAUGUGACAUAGGGAACAAGACACAGAUCAUCUAAUCCAUUUAAUCGUGCUGGGUCUCCUAGGUAAGAUUUCUCUUUCACUCUGAAUCAAGAGGCUUAUCCAAGUUUAAGUUCAUUCAGUGUUAUUUUGGGACAGGAAUUCAAGAAAUUAUUAUAGAAAGCAUCAUAUCAAAAGUCUGUCUCUCUCCUAUUUGGGUAUUUCAGAGUAGCAAGCUGGUCGUGUUGUUUGUUUUCACUUCAAAACUACUACUUUUGCAAGCCUGGCAUUUGAAAUUAAAAGCUUUAGCAAACAGCAAAGCAUCUCAAAGUAAUUCCUCCCAGAAAAGUUAAUGUAUUUCUGAGGGACAGAUAGGCAGGGCGUUAUUGGCAUUAUUGAAAUUCCACAUCAGCUUCUUUUUAAAGGCUGCAUAUUGCUUCAAGUAUAGCCACUGCUUUUUCCCCACAAUUCCCUUGUUUUGGUGAAGCAUGUCCACACACUUUUCAAAGCCUUUGCAGACUAGUUUUGUAUUUACUGUAUGUUGUAUUUAAAUAAUAAUCUUAUUUUGAUGUUGAGAGAAGGCAUUUAAACAGUAGUCAUUAAAGACAGAGCAGCCUGCAUGGCAGUCCCCUGAGAGAGGGUCACAGGAUCGUUUUCCAUGGACUUUAUUUUUCUGCAGCUGUGCUAGAGCUCUAUCUGAAAAUGGAACCUGAAGAGCCACCACUUAGCAAACAUUAAAUUGAGUAAACCCCUGUGUUUGCUCUGUUCCAGUGCCUGCAAUCUAUUGAUACCAACCCCUGGCAUUUUCAGGCAGAGCAUAGGUCAGCUGUGUUCCAACACUAAGCUCAGAGGAUGAGAGCUCCACAGGCCUACACUGUUUGUACACUACAAUGUCCAAGCUUCAGCAGUCUUCUCUAGGAUUUAUUUAAUCACUAGUUUGGUCCUGUGCAUUUUUAUAUGUGUCUGUUCAGAAGAGAAACAGCAACUGUUCUCUCAGUUGAAAAGCAAAUGACCACAUCACUUAUUUGAAAAGAGAAAAAUUGUCCUAGGGCUUAAAUAGUUUUAUAUAUUUGGGGACCAUUUGGUUACAGACUCAAUUUGAAACCACUCAUCUCUUUUUGUUGGUAUGCAUACUGCAGCUGAGCUUUCUAAAGACUCAUUGGGCUAGGAAAAGUAACUUGGUCAUUUGAACUGUAAGACUCUUGACUGGUAUCUCCAAGGCAGUUGUCUCCUGAGGUUUGAUGUUUGCUCCUUUGCACUGUAGCACUGCUUCAACUUCACAGGUCGAGGGCUGCAUUUUGUUCUGGGAGCUGAAACCCUCCCCCUGAAUUCCUGAGCGUGGCACAUGUUCUCUGUAUACAGGACGUGUUUCCAGCUGGGUUUUUUCCUUUUGGCUGAGACUGAAGGUGUUUGCAUUUUUGACAGUGCUUGAACAGAUGGGUUGUUGGGGUUUUGCCCUGUUUUUUUUUUUCUCUCUCUCUUUUGAUGGCAACAAGGAUCUCACCAGAUUCAGGCAGCUACUAAGGAUUCCAGGUUAUAGGAUGGAAUAGGUUUGGUAAAUAGGUUUCCCCUGCACGUGUGCACACACAGGUAUGUGGCUUCCUCCCACAUUUCACAAACUCAAAAGCAGGGCUACAGUACUCUCUUCUCUCUUGCCUUUGGCCUGUAGAAGACAGCUGGUGGUUUCAAAAAAAACAUUCCUGAGACUGUGGUGAAGUAGUUGCUUCUUUUCCCCUCCAUUAAUUGCUGUGGCUUGUUAUGAAUGUGCAUUUUGCCCAUUUAAAUGAGUUUCAAAACUGAGUCAGGAAUGUUCUCUCUGAUUUGAUUCUGAUAAGUUACAACCCAGGUGUGUUAUUCUCAGGUACAUGGCAGAGGGAAGUUAAGGGUCUUGCCAUACCAAAAAAGUCCAAAAAGCAUAGUUUAUUUAUAGAAAUGUAGUUUUACUGCACCUAACUGGUUCACAGUGUGUCAACCCUUCCAAACAGAACAGUUGGAUUAUUAACACAGAAACAGAUUCUGGCCCUGUGUUGUAUUGCAUAGCCAGACCCUGAAUGACAGGACAAACUUGCUCUUGGGUGGAAAAAGGUUUUCUUCUCUGUUUUAUGAAUGCAUUAAGUGCAGUGCAAGUACCCCCAGCUCCUAGCCUUAGUCUGAGAAUCAAAGAGGCACAUGGCAAUUCCUGCUGUGGGUUCUUUUGUGAACACGAGCCCAUUCCAUAGAGGAAAUGGGACAGCUUUUCUGCACUAACACAGUGUGAGCACCCUUCUGUGCACUUUGUGUUCACAGUUUGUUUGAUAAACACCCCCAGAGGCCGCUCUGCUGCAGGCUUUCCAGUCUGAAUUCCAGCUCCUCUCAUUCCAGCUGCAGCUCAGUACAACCUAUUUUCAUUCUCCAUUUGAGACAGUCAUCUACAGGGAAGAAAUCCACAAACAAACCAGUGUUGCUAUACCUGCCUUUUUAUGUAUGACAGUUUCAUAUCAUUUAUUUUUAAAAUAUGUUUUUUAGGUUUUUCAUUGUAAUAUUAUUGUACAGUUUUGCAUGGCAUAGAUGUAAUCACUUUUUUGUUUUAGAGUAUAAAAGCUGACAAGUGUGCGUGUGGGGGAAAAAUUCUGCUUUUUGCCUCUUCUCACUCUUUUGUUUAAUGCCCUCAAUGUUGUAGGGGACAUUGUAAGAGAUUCUCUGCUACAGAACAAUGAUGUAGAUUCUUUUGCACAGAAAUAUUUAAGGUGGAACAGUCAACAAUGUAAAAAUGACUUACCACCAAUAUUUUAUGUUGGUAACACACUUAAUAUUAACCUACUUUGAUGUACUGCAAUAAAACAGGGAACUGUUAGAAA